AUGACCGAUUCGGACAAACUUGGCCUUGGUCUUGACGAUAUCAUUCGAAACGAUCGUACAACAAAUCGACGUGGUGGCCGAGGUGGUGGUGGUGGUGGUAAUCGUGGAUUUCGUGCACGAACUGGCCGAGGAAGUGCUAAUGGAUUUCGAACACGUGGUGGUGGUGGAAUACCUCGAACAACAAAUCCGUUAGCAGCCGGUCGUUGGAAACAUGAUCUCUAUGAAAAUAAUACAAAUCAAAAUCGAGAAGUACAACGAACUGCUGGUGUGAAUAGUACAACUAAACUACUCAUUUCAAAUCUUGAUUUCGGUGUCACUACCAAUGAUAUUGAAGAAUUAUUUGAGGAUGUUGGAGCUAUACGUAUAGCUCGUGUACAUUAUGAUGAAAAUGGUCGAUCUUUAGGCACAGCUGAAGUUGUAUAUGAACGCCGUGUUGAUGCUGUUACUGCUCAACAAAAAUAUAAUACUUUGAAUCUAGAUGGUCGCCCUAUGGACAUCAGACUUGUUGGUGGUGUCGAUGAUAGAUCCAAACUACAGUCCAAUCGUUUUACAUCAGCUAAUGGAGGUAAUACUAGAAAUCAGCGAUUUGGCGGUCGUAUGAAUAAUCAACCAAAUGGUGUUCGUGGUAAUCGUGGACGUGGUGGUAGGCAACAACAAAACGGUUCUGGUGGAAAGAAAGAAGAUAUUUCAGCUGAAGAUCUUGAUGCUGAACUUGAUGCUUAUCGUGCAGAAACCAAACAAAAAAAAUGA